GUAGAAGGUGUGGUAUACACUAUCCUCAUCGACGAGCGGAUGCAUGUGGCUAUCCUGAAGAAAGCGAUCAAGGACAACGACCCGCUUGCAAUCCAAUGUAGCGCUGCGGACCUGCAGAUCUUCCUGGCCAAGACAAGGGAAGGCGUGUGGCUGACGGCAGACGACGUGAUGGGCGAUGUGCGCGAUAUCAGUGGCAUGAAAGAGCCGAACGUCGGGAACGCGACACUCCGCGCGUGCAGCUUAUCGGAGGAGAGCACGCGGGUCGAAGUAUCAGAUGAGGACCUUGUAGCAGGGAAGGGCCCUGUGCACGUGGUGGUGAAGAUCCCAUCGGUGCAGCAGCCCCAGUCAAGUCUAGCGCAGCCGCAAGCUGCCCCAAAGCCGCAAUGGAAACCUGUGUACGAGACUCUGGUGUCAUUGCAGAAUGAGACGCUGUAUUUUGUCGACCGGAAGCAGGCUGUGAAACAGCUCUGUGAAGUUCACAAGUCGGUGUACAUCGGCGCCAACUUCAACCGCCGAGCAGACGCGUGGCCCAUAGCUCUUGCGGAUAACGAGCUCGGGAUCGGGAAAAGCGAAUUUGCGAGGCAAUACAUUCGAUGCUGUCGCGAGCAGUGGCCCGAGGGAGUGCUCGCUCUUCAAACCUUUAAAAGGUCAUUGGGGGCUUGCAGAACGAUCGUGGUGGACAUCGACUACGCUGUUUUCGUCAAUGCUUGGGAUGGCGAUGCUAAAACGUUGGAGAAAGCUUUGUAUCGAGUCAUUAACGCAGUGCUAGCAAGGGCUGUGAUUGACGAGUUGGAGCUGCCCGACGGAGCCGAGCUGCCUAAUUACCUUUGCGCGCCAGAGUCGGUCGACGCUCGGACGUUUGUUCAUUGUUUGGUUAGAGAUCUUGGACCUGUGUUCAUCGUUUUGGACGAGAUUGGUCGAGGGUUUGAAAAUAUUCGAUCGGGGUGUGCUGAUAUGGCGGAGGAAGAGGCUUCGCGAAACUUGUUUUUGGACUUCUGCUCGUCCGUGUUGAGCACCUGGAUGAGCACGCGUCACGUCUACUUCUUGUUGGUCGGCUAUGCGCCAUUCCUGCGGAAUGUGGGGGAGCGGAAAGACGACAGGCCUCACAGCUCCAGUAAGCAAAGGUUCAUUCGCCUGAACUUGCAGCUGAUUCGUCCCAAGAAAAUCGAGCAGAUUAUCCGGCACACGUGGGUCGACGAUUCGAGCACUAUGACUCUACAGCAACGAUGGGGGCUGCAAUCGAAGAAGGAUGUAGCCAAAGCUGCUACGAAGAUGUACGAGAAAACCUGUGGCCAUCCACGCACAAUGAUCCAGAUGUUCAUCCUUCACGAGUCGUACAAGGCUUUUCGCGCUGCUAGCGUGAACCGUUUUGACUCAGAAGAAGGUCAAAAGGAGUGGGUAAAGAUUUUCCGCGAGCUGCGCUAUUGGCAAAAGACUCUGGACGGCCUGAAACCACAACUUCUUGAAAACAAAGUGAUCGACUUGAGCGACGACUCUAAAUGGCCGCACCUUCCGAAGUCCCCGCAGAAAAAGAUUUCGUUUGCCAUCAUCAUGGAACGCUGUCACUUACGGUGGGCAGGCACGGUAAAAAAAGCCCGGAUCUACGCGCUUCCAAGAAUUCUGACUGCGAUCGUCAGCAUCGUUCAGCCGCUGCGCCUGUGCAUCAGAACCAUUGACCCUCUCAUCGACGAUGUCACACUAGCGUACGCGACCGUGUUUGAGUGGGCGUGCCUCAAGCGGUUCCAAGAGCUUUUCUCGGAGCCAAGUGAACCGCACACCGUGCUGAAAAACUUUUUCGGUACGGACACGGAGUUUGACAAGUGGGGCGAGGUCCACUUUCCGAGUGAUCAUGUGGAUUUACCGAAGAUCACAAAAGCGACGACUUGGUUCGUAAGUUGCGCUCUUCAAUGUUGCUUGCCAUCUUGUCUCUGA